AUGCCGCGCCGAAGACGUCCUCCUCGACCAGGAGCUCUGGCGGAUCUCGCUCCUUUGCGCAUCCUCACCCAGAUGUUCCUGCUGCAGAUGUUCUACUAUGGCGUCGCCGUCGUCCUCAUCAUCUUCACCACAUUCGUCGCUGGGAAACAUCCUGAGCCGGGCAUGUUCUUCGACUGGAGAAAUGUAAGGGGAGAUGUCACAACCGGUUGGACAUUAGGCUUGUGUUGGAUGCUGGAUAGCUUGAUCACGUAAGAUCUCUCCAGAAGAGGAAUAUGGAAGGGUACUGGAGGUAAGGCUGACGGUGGUGCAUAGAGUGAUACCAAUUCUUCUUCUGAUUGCGCGAAGCAAACUGGUACCGGACUUCGCCCUAACAAUCCACUUCAUCAACCUCAUCGUUACGUCCCUCUACACCCACGCGAUACCCAACACUGCUGCCUGGUGGAUACUACAGAUCUUGUCUGCUGGCCUCAUGAUCUCACUUGGAAUGUGGGCGUGUCAAUGGCGAGAGCUACGGCCCAUGAUUUUCGGGGGAGGAUCGAAACAGCAAGGAACUUCACCUUCAGCCCAAGAUGGACACUCGCCGGAGACAGGUGAAGAAGCCGGGUUUACGAUGGGAAGUGCUCGAGGUGGACCAGGAAGAGACGGUGCAGGAACGUAUGAGAUGGUGGGUAUGGCACCAAGAGAAGAAGGUUGA